AGGGAGAGAGGGAGUGUGGGUGAGAGCAGGAACAGAGGGAGAGAGUGUAGUGAGAAAGGGACAGACUGAUGAAGAGUCCGAGAGAGAAGGGACAGAGUGUGGGGCAGAAAGUAGGGAAAGAGGGAGAAAUGGUGGGAAAGGACAGAGGGCGAGAGUAGGAUCAGAGUGUGUGAGAGAGGGGACAGAGGGAGAGAGGGUAUUGUUUCUGCGUUGUGUUUCUGUGUUUGUGCAGAAGUGGUUCAGCUUCCUGUGCCUGUAAGACUCUGCUGUGAGCUCUGAAAGAGCGAGAGGGAAAGAGCCAGCAGGGGGCUGAAAACAGACGAGAGGGGAGCACCCCAGCACCCCACUGUUCUGCCAAGAUGGAGCAUGCUAGGAGGAGAGGAGGCAGAGGGAGCCCUCUCAGAGCCCCCUCUUUUCAUCAGAGAAUUUGCUCACGAGAAGACACCCCCACCCGCAGGCCUGACGCCCCAAAAGAGGGGGCGACGUUGCUGAAGUCCCAGGUCCGGCUGCCCCUGAUACCGUCCGGAACCGGCAGGACAGGAGGGAAGGAAGCGGGGAGGCGUGUCUCCUUGCCCGAGCCCAAGACGGCGCCCCGCCCUCCGCUCCCACAGCGCCACACGCUGGCCAGGAGGAGGAAGCACGCCCCCCCCACUCCUCCUCCUCCUGUGUCCUCAGACACCAUGGCCCCCUGGGGUGGACUGUCCCUGUCUGACUCCUCCUUCGCUGCCAUAGCAACCCCCCCCGCCCCUCCGCCCCUCCCACCUGCACCCCCCCCUCGGGUGGAGGGCAGAACAAGGGUCCGAGGGACAGUGCCACCUCCGGGCCAGGACCCGGGGAAAGGCCCGUCUGCAGGGGGCAGAGCGCACAGGAAGACCCCCGUCCACAGGAAGACCCCCCGGGCAGCGCGUCUGCCCCCCCUGCGCGCCAUCACCGCGCUCAGCUUCUCACGCAGCUUCACCUUCUCCUUCUUCGAGCUGCCCGAGCACCAGAGUCUCCGCGGCCGGGCAGAGAGGCAGAGAGGGGUGUACCUGCUGCUGAGGCAGAUCCACCACUGCCACGACACUGGACUGAGACACACUGAUCCACCACUGCAACGACACUGGACUGAGACACACUGAUCCACCACUGACACGACACUGGACUGAGACACACAGAUCCACCACUGCCAUGACACUGGACUGAGACACACUGAUCCACCACUGACACGACCCUGGACUGAGACACACUGAUCCACCACUGACACGACACUGGACUGGG